AUGGCUCCUAUCAAGGCCGGCGAGCAGUUCCCCGAGGGUGUCAACUUCCAGUACAUCCCCUACCAGGCCGAGACCUCUGACUUCAAGGUCUGCGGUAUCCCCAUCAAGUACGACACCGCCAAGGAGUUCAAGGACAAGAAGGUCAUCAUCGUCGCCCUCCCCGGCGCCUUCACUCCCACCUGCUCCGCCGCCCACCUUCCCGGCUACAUCGCGAAGAAGGACGAGCUCAAGGCCAAGGGCGUUGACCAGGUCAUCUUCCUCGCCUACAACGACCCCUACGUCAUGUCCGGCUGGGGCAAGGCCAAUAACGUCACCGACGACUUCAUCAUCUUCUGCACCGACAACAACGCCGAGUUCUCCACCUCCAUCGGCUGGAACCACGGCGAGCGCACCGCCCGCUACGCCAUCGUCGUCGACCACGGCAAGAUCAUCUACGCCGAGAAGGAGCCCGAUCUGCAGGGCCAGGAGGUCUCUGCCGUCGAGCCCGUCCUCAAGGCCAUCUAA